GGCGAGAGAGACAGAGGGGAGGGAGGAAAAGAGGGUGUGCAUGAGAAACGCAGUCUGGAUUCCACGACCCGCAUGCUCCAUCCCCCAAAAACAUUUCCAAAGAAGUUAACUAUACCUCGUUUAAAAAAAAUUUUUUUUGGGGGGGGGGUAAAAGCAGGCGUUAUUACAAAUGUUCCUGCCUUGUGUGCGAAUUGGGCUUUGAGAAGGAGAGGGAGAAGAAACAUCUGCUGCCAAGGGAGGGGACCACAGCAGCUUAGCUAACUUUCUUUUCUUCCGCAGGACAUCUCUCUCUCUCUCUCUCUCUCUCUCUCUCAGCCCUCACCCCUCCGCCCCUUGUUCCCAGGGUAGGGUUGGCUGGCUGAGCUUUCUAGGUUUGAUAAAGCAUUUCCCUCCAUUGUCAUUCUAUACGGCCCUUGGGCCUUUCUUUCUCGCAGCCCCUCCCCUUCUGCCUUCCUCUCUCUCUCUCUCUCUCUCCUCACUGAACCUCAGUAAAUCCUGUGGCUUAAGAAAGCAACUGCCUCCUUCGAAGAAGAAGAAGAAGAAGAAGAAGAAGAAGAAGAAUCCUUGAGUGAUGAGACACUGCCUGCCAGGAUUCCACUGAAGGCCCCUGGAUGCAUGGACUUCAUGGGGGAGUACUGCAGCAAUUCCCUGUGAUUCCAUCAAACUCAGGGAGGGAAUUUCCUCCCAGGCGCUAUCCAAUUAUUUCCUGAAAAGUCGACAGCACAACUUAUAUGGAGCGUAAUUGGGCCUUUAUUCCAACUUUGGGCUCCUUGAUGGAAUUAAAGGGCGAGCGGCAGAGGAGAAGGGCGUGAGCCCAGCCGGCGAGAGCGGCGUUUCCAGCCAAGCUGCCGUGAAGCUCUGUGUCUCCUUGCGGGUUCCCCAGACCAUCCCCAUGGACCUGCGGAUUGGACAGCGCCUCGCCAAACCCGGCCCUGACACUGCCUUGCUGGCCCUGAAGCAGACUCAGCAGCUGCAACACCAGCUCUUCCUGGCUAGCUUGCACCAGCAGCAAGUGGAACAGCUUACCCACCAGCACCUGCGGGUGCCGAUGGAGCCACCGACCCAGGACUCCGGAUCUGGGAAGCAGGAACAGGAGCUGCGGCAGCUCUUGAAUAAAGAGAAAAGCAAGCGCAGUGCUGUAGCGAGUAUGGUUGUGAAGCAGAAGUUGGCUGAGGUCAUCCUGAAAAAACAGCAGGCUGCUCUGGAAAGGACCAAUGCUCCAAUCAUGCCAUACAGGUCCUUGGAGCCAAUGGAGCCUGAAGGGCCAGCCGCUUCUGUGCCCCCCAGUUUCUUUCCUUCCAUCUCCAACAGCUCUGGAGACUCUCCAGAACAUUUUCCUCUAAGGAAAACAGCAUCUGAGCCCAAUCUGAAGUUGCGCUAUAAAGCCAAGAAGGGUGGUGACCGGCGUAAAAACCCACUAACUCGCAAGGAAAGUGCACCCCCCUCUUUGAAGAGGCGCCCAGCAGAAACCAUGGAUUCAUCUCCCAGCAGCAGCAGCACCCCAGUAUCUGGAUGCAGUUCGCCCAAUGACAGCCUGGUGCCAGAACAUGGGGCCCUGCCUGCCGCAUCAGGGCUUGCGCAAGAGACACCACUAGCUCAGCGCUUGAGAAUGCAGGAGAGCUCGUUGGCCCAGUUUGCUCUUCAAACCACUGGCUCCCUCCCAGCACUCACUCUUGGGCUACCAGCCACUUCUGCGGCGUCCACUAGGGGGGAUGGAGAUCCCAGGACACUCCCAGGCCUGACGCACAAAGUGCCUGUCCUGACCGGCACUCACACACCUGUGUUCCUGCCAGCCAGCUUGGAGCAACAUGAGCCUGGGAGUCCCCUGUCCACUCGGCUCCAGCCAGUUAUAAUCCUGGAGCCCCCGCUUACUCACACUCCUCUUGUGACAGUUCCAGGGCUGGGAACGGUCCCCUUUCACUUCAGCCAGCCGUUAAUUCCCCAAGAACGGCUGUCAAUGCCUGCGCCCCACAAGCCCUUGGGACGGACACGUUCGGAGCCCCUCCCCUCAAGCCCCAGGGCUGUGCAGCAACAGCUGGCCUACCAACAGCACCAUGCCCUCUUCCUUGAGCGGCUGAAGCAGCAGACACAGCUGGGCAAGCGCAUGGCCAAGUCCAGCGAAAAGCCCCGGCUUCAGCAGAUCCCCUCUUCCGAAGACAUGGAGGCCGAGGCAGGAGGAGAGCACAGUGAUCCAUCCCAAAGCCAAGUAGAGGCUUCACCAACAGGAAGCAGCACCAAAGAAGCAGAAAGGAGCUCAAGGCUGGGUCAGCCUCAGGAAGAGCAUGUCCUUCAGCAGGCACAUUACCUCUGGGAACAGCAGCAGCGCCUGCAGCAGCAGCACCAGCUCCUCCGGAGACAGCCUCCUGUGGACUCCUUGCUGAUCCCAGGUGUCCGCGGAGGGCACCGGCCACUCACCAGGGCCCAGUCCUCGCCCGCUGCAGCCCCAGCCUCCCUGCCAACCCAGGACACCUCUUCCAAGGCAGUCCCACUGCCACUGCAAGAGCAAGCCACCAAGCCACGCUUCACCACAGGGAUUGUCUAUGACUCCGUCAUGCUGAAACACCAGUGCUCGUGUGGCGACAACAGCAAUCACCCUGAACAUGCAGGCCGCAUCCAGAGCAUCUGGUCCCGCCUUCAGGAACGUGGCCUACGCAGCCAGUGUGAGUGUCUCCGGGGACGCAAGGCCACUUUGGAGGAGUUGCAGUCUGUUCACACCGAACGCCAUGUAUUGCUCUACGGCACUAACCCCCUCAGCCGCCUGAAGCUGGACAAUGGGAAACUUGCAGGAAUCCUGUCUCAGCGGAUGUUUGUCAUGUUGCCCUGCGGUGGAGUUGGGGUGGACAGUGACACUAUAUGGAAUGAGCUGCACUCCAGCAAUGCGGCACGUUGGGCAGCCGGCAGUGUCACCGAAUUGGCCUUCAAGGUGGCCAGUAGGCAACUCAAGAAUGGCUUUGCCGUUGUACGACCUCCGGGACACCACGCGGACCCUUCAACAGCCAUGGGCUUUUGUUUCUUCAACUCGGUGGCCAUUGCAGCCAGGCAGCUCCAGCAAAAGGGGAAAAUCAGCAAGAUCCUUAUUGUAGACUGGGAUGUUCACCAUGGUAAUGGAACACAGCAAGUGUUCUACAGGGACCCAAACAUUCUCUAUCUCUCUCUGCAUCGCCACGAUGACGGCAAUUUCUUCCCUGGAAGUGGAGCAGCCGAUGAGGUGGGCUCCGGUGCUGGUGAAGGCUUCACUGUCAACAUUGCUUGGGCAGGCGGCUUCGACCCUCCCAUGGGGGACCCAGAGUACUUGGCUGCUUUCCGGACAGUUGUGAUGCCGAUUGCACAUGAAUUCUCACCGGACGUGGUGCUAGUGUCCGCAGGCUUUGAUGCAGCUGAUGGCCACCCACCCCCACUGGGAGGCUACAAAGUUUCAGCCAAAUGUUUUGGCUACAUGACUAGGCAGCUGAUGAGUGUGGCUGGAGGAGCCCUUGUUCUUGCCUUAGAGGGAGGCCAUGACCUGACUGCCAUCUGUGAUGCCUCAGAGGCCUGUGUCUCAGCCCUGCUGGGUAACAAGCUGGAGCCCCUCCCAGAAGAGACCCUGAAGCAGAAGCCGAAUGCUAACGCCGUGCGCUCCUUAGAAGCGGUGAUUCGAGUACAGAGCCAAUACUGGAGCUCCGUGCGGCGUUUUGCCCCCACCAUGGGCUAUUCAUUCUUGGAAGCACAACACCACGACGCAGAAGAGGUAGAGACUGUGACAGCACUGGCCUCGCUUUCUGUGAUGACAGAAAAAAGGCAUCAAGAUGAGCCAAUGGAAGAAGAACCAAUGAAUCAGUGAAGGCCCAUUUCACCCUCCAACAGGAAGGCAGCUUACUCUGUUACUUGUACCACAGUCCUGGCUCCCACCUGCUGCAUAGCCCACGUUGCCCUGAGCCACAAGACGAGAAAACUGAGACUUCAGGCAAAAGCUCUGUAUCAGAGGUUUCUGGCAGGACACCCGGGACAAGUGGCUGCCCCUAGGAGCUGCCGCAGGUGGAACUCCACAGUGCAAGCAGCAGUCCCAAACCUGAGGUCCUCUCUGGGAACCUGCUUGGGUCACAAAUGUGCCCAGUGGGAUACCAGGACUGGAUCCAGACUGCAGAACUGGAGAGUUUGCUCUGAUGCUGGGGUGGCAUCUUUCCCCCUCCGGAACCAAAGACACCCUAUGGAGAGAUCCUGCUGGAGAGGAGCCAGGAAAUUGUCCCUACUCUCUCUCUUUCCUAAGCAAGGCAUGUCACCUUCUUCCAGGAUGCCCCCACUUCAUGAGAGCUGGGCUUUGCAAGACGAGAACUUGCCGAAGAAUACCUCUGAUGACAAACAGUUGGCAGCAUCUUUGAGGAGUGACACAGCCCAGUUCCAGCUAACCACUGUCCCAAACGUACCCUUUUGGUCUAGGACCUCCCUAAUUUGCACUAUAUACAGAUCAUGCAGACACAGACUUUGUCUACUUGUGGAAACAAAUUGCAUCUCCUUGUGGACUUGCACCCUUGACAUGACCAUUCCUCCAGCAUGAAGGCACUAUGUAAAAAUACACAACUCAGUGGUGCUUGUUGCUGGUUGGUUUGCCCUGAUCCAUGAAAGCAGGCAGCCUUAUUCCAAAGAACAGACUUUGAUGGCGGAGGGGGAGAAAGCGAGCAAGGCAGUUGUCCUGUUAUCUCAACCAAAAUGGAGAAUUUUUGAUUCCUGCGGAUCUCAUUUGUUUGGGGGAUGCUUUUGUAAAACAAAGGAAAAAGAAUUUCUAGUCUU